CGGAACGAAGGGAUCUUAGAUGAUGAUGAGUCAGAUUCGUCAGCCUCUUUAAGCCAAACAGAUGACCGCCCGCUGACGACUCGCCGCGACUCGCCGUCGAUGAGUCCACUGCACAGCAUGAUCAUGCUCGUGCUCCCUCUGGCUGCCCUGUCCCUCGUCAGCCAGCCAGCCCUCUGCAGAACCCAUUAUCUAUCGCGCGGAGAUCCGGCAGCAUUCAUCUCGGGCCUGCCAACUCUGUCAAGACCACGAUGGCGACCGUCCGCAGCAAGACGAAUCGCACAGCCCUCUCGCUCUGUGCUGCCUCUGAGUGCUGCUGCAGCUGUUCAGAGUGCCGCUCUGAAGGAGCAGAACCGGGUGGGCAUACCCAGGCCUGGAGUGCUGAAGGAGCUGAUAUACUGGAACGGCCGCCGGAUUGUUCUGGGCUUCCUGUUUGCGUUCGUGGGGAGCGUGGUCACCUGCAGUCUCCCGCUGGCCUUCACCAACGUGCUGAAUGUGCUGCUGACACCGGCGCCCCUCCAGGAGUUCACGAAGGCGUGCGCUAUUCGUGAGGCAGGACAUAGAAUGCAGCUCGACUCACCCUCAUCGAUACGUGUGUGUGUUGUUGUUGUUGUUGUCGUUGUGUGCAUACCAGUUGGGUCGCUAUACGUGUUGGAGCCCAUCUGCACCCUGCUCUACGUCCGGCAGGCGACUCGUGUGGUGCAGGCUUACUUGAAUGUUCUCAAGGCGACGGCAUUCCAGUCCGUCGUCUCUCGAAACAUAGAGUUCUUCGACCGCGAAGGCCCCAGCAACGUGGCCAAUCUCCUGACCACGUCCUUCGGCAGAGUGAGAGACUGCCUCCUGGCCAACAUCGACAGACAGCGGGGCGUUCGUGCGCUGCUCGACUGCGUCAUCGCGCUGUCGAUUCUCAUCAGCACGGCGCCGCAGCUCGCCUGGCUGUUCGGUUUGGUCAUACCCAUCAUGGCUUUUACGGUCAACAGAGUCAGCGCCACGUAUCAGCGCACAAUACGCGAGGAGUCGACCGCUCUCACUGCAGAGGUACGCAGCACACACACACACACACACACACAGAGAGAGAGAGAGAGAGUCAGCAGCUCACCACGUGUUAAUAUGUUAUGCUUCAGGCGUCUGCAGGAGGUGAGAUCCUUCGGAACAUUCGAGAGGUUCGUUCGUUCGGGACCGAGCAGAAGGAGAACGACCGGUAUGGGCGAUUCGUCGCGAGGUCAGGGGCUUUCGCGAGACGUGUGGGUAUGGCGAGGGGCCGAGUGGAGGCCGUCACGCGGGCCGCCAUCUACUCCACACUGCUCUCAUUGGCCAUUGUCGGAGGCACUAUGGUCCGGCGCGGGACCCUUGUGCCGACGACGCUCGUGUCGUUCAUCGGCUUUUCCUUCACACUUAACUUCGCUUUUCAAGGCCUUCUCAACUCCCUGGAGGACGUUCGGGUCAGCGGGGAUCAUCUAGAGCACACACACACACACAGAGAGAGAGAGAGAGAGAGAGAGAGAGGUCUGAAUCGGCUGCAUGUGUGUGUGCGUGUGUGUGUGCGUGUGUGUGUGUGUCUUUAUCUUUGUUUGCAGGGGGCCCGUGCCGCCCUUCAGACGCUGUGGGAUACUAUAGGCUUGCCUGAGAAGGACGACGUGCUCGACGUCAAUGUGACAGACUCAGUGUUCCACCACCAAGGCGACACCCCCCUCACCAAGGCGCAGCAGCGGGGCCAGGACCUCAUCAGGCCAUCCAACACGACAAUGGCAGCCCCGAGCGCCCGCCGGAGGACGCACACCUUCCCUGGCGGCACCGAAGAGCUCCAGGGACGCAUCCGCUUUGACAAUGUUGGCUUCGCCUACUCUUCUCGGCCGGACUCACCUGUUCUGCGGAACCUGUCUCUCUCACUGCCACCGGGGAAGGUCACCGCCAUUGUGGGUCCAUCGGGGGGCGGCAAGUCGACCAUCGCCAGCCUCUUGUCUCGCUUCUAUCGGCCGCAGAGCGGCAGUGUGCUUCUCGACGGGGUGGACAUCAGCACGCUGCCGCGAGACUGGUACGUGGAGGAGGUGGCUAUUGUCGGCCAGACCCCGGCACUUUUCAGCGGCACGGUCGCCGAGAACAUAGCCUAUGGUGUGGUGGGGCGGGGGCGUGAGGUGACACAGGCCGAUAUUGAGAAGGCGGCGAAACAGGCAAACUGCCACGACUUCAUUAUGCGGUUCCCCAACAAGUACGAGACGCUAGUUGGGGAGAUGGGGAGCACACUGAGCGGCGGACAGCGGCAGCGGAUCGCAAUCGCACGGUGGGGGGUGCGAGGGGGGAGUACCGAAUACCCACACACGGACAGGAUGUGGUUUGCUAUGCUCACAGGGCUUUGCUGAAGGACAGCAAGAUCUUGAUUCUGGACGAGGCGACGUCGGCGCUUGAUGCAACAUCCGAGAGGCUGGUGCAGGAGGCGCUGGACCGAUUGGUCAAGGGCCGCACAGUCAUGGUCAUCGCUCACAGGCUCUCAACUGUCCAGAAUGCCGAUCAGAUCUGCGUCGUCAAAGACGGACAGGUGACCUCCCCUCCCAAUCACACACACACACACACACACGCCAUGGCUCCCUGCCUGUCUCAUCCAGGUGGUUGAGUGUGGCACACACGAGUCCCUGUUAGCAGCCCCCUACGGCCCCGGCGUCUACAGGAAGCUCAUGGGGUUCGGCGAGAAGCCUGUGGUGCCCCUCGCAGCGGCCGAGAAGGAGGAGAAGGAGGCGCCGCCGUCGUCCUUUUUCCUGGACGAGGGCGAGGAGGAGAGCUCGGGGGCUGUGCAGAAGGAAGGCACGGCGGCAGACGAGGUCGACCAUGAGGCACGGUUACUGGAGGUGGCUGAGCAGUUUCACGAGGCGACCAAGACCGAAACCGUGUGCAAGGGGGAGUACUGAUGGAUAGAGAGAGGGAGGGGGAGGGGAGUGAGUGAGUGAGUGAGUGGUGCUCAAGGGAAGGGGCCAUUUUGUGACGUAGUGGGUGGUGACUUGCUGUGGAUGGAUGGAUGGAUGUGUGUGUUGUGUAUGAGA